AUGUUUCGUCUAAGUCUAAAUGUGUGCCGCCGCUUAAUAAAACCUACUAGAAUCGUAAGACCAUCUCUUAUACCAUCGUAUAUCCCACGCCACCGUCAUUUCCAUACUUCCACAAGAUGGCUACAGAACAAGACUCCUAUUGGCAAAGUGGAUAAGCCCAUGAUGAUGAUCGCAUUUACAUGUAAAAAAUGUAACGAUCGUUCGUCUCACACCAUGUCCAAACAAGCUUACACAAAGGGUACUGUUUUAAUCCAAUGUCCAUCCUGUCAAGUAAGACAUCUAAUCGCUGAUCAUCUCAAGAUUUUCAGCGAUGAGCACAUCACUAUUGAAGAUAUAUUGAGGGCUAAAGGUGAAUCAGCAUCGCUGACCGCGGAUGAUCUGGCAUUUGAAGACAUUCCUGAAAGCUUAAAGGAUGUCUUGGGUAAAUAUGCAAAGGAUAAGAAACAUGAUGACGAAUAA